AUGGCGUUUAUGAAGAAUGUCAAGACAAUUCUGACCUCUGAAUCCAUUCUCGAUUCUUUAGACGUGUCCUUCACCAUCAAUGGUACCCUUUUUUUGACAAAUAGACUACUUCAAAGUUUGGCUCAACAGAUGUCGAUCAUCACUGAUUAUUUUUGGGCAUAUCGUCUGGCAAACAAGAAAGUCAGAAGGGACUGUGAUCAGCUUAAGGAAGAUGUUCCCUCUCGGGAUAAGACCCUUAAGACUCAAGUCACGUAG